AUGUGCUAUCACUUCUCCUUGAUUCGAGGUGAAACAUGUGUCAUAUUUUAUGCUGGUCCAAUCGGUCUGCUGUGUCUUCAAGCAGCCGUAGCUGCCGAUGCUACUCAUGCUAUUGUUGUAAAGAUUUCGGACAAACGUCUCAAGAAAGCUCGGGAAAUGGAUGCGUCAUUGGUUAUCAAUGGGAAAGAAGAAAGUGUUCCGCAGCAAAUCAAAAACUAA